AUGCCGGAUCUUAAUACGCGGAAUCCGACCUUACAGGUCAUAUCAAUGGCGAAAAAAGAAAAGAUGAACAUUAUCAUGGAAAUGGCAAGACAGUCCAAUGUUAUCAAGUCGAAAAAUGUUAAAUCGCAGCACAAUUAUGUAGGCCAAAGAUUUAAUAGAGAUAAAUAUAAUUCAUUGAUGAAAAAAUCUAUUUAUGAUCUGAGGUUAAAGAGGGCUCAAAAGCAACUUAAAAAUAAGGACACAUUUCAAAAAUUAAAUCUCAGACAGCAAUCCGAGGAGAUUGACGCAUUGAUUGAUAUUAUUAAAAGAACAGGAAGUUCUGAAGAAAAAAGUCCCAGAAAACCCAUGGUCCAUGUCCCUCUGCCUAGAGAGUUUUAUGAGCUUAAACCGAUUAUACCCUCGAAAUCAGACAGUAGAGCAUGUAAAGAAACUGAAAGGACUAGUAAUAAAUUAGUUACGAGGAACCCAGAAUAUAACAGAUAUAACUACAAGGAGCCUGCUCAAGAUACUAUUACAAAGGCCCCUUCGGCUCAUGAAUUCCCGCAUAAGAUUACGAGGGAACCUGUUCAAGGUUAUAGUAUGGAAUCACUCUCUUAUGACACAUAUUCAUAUCCAGUACUGGAAAGGAAGACUGAAAAGCAAAUCUCGAGAACUAAACUUAAAGACAGGACACGUAGUGAUGAAUGGCUCACCUUGUCAACGCAUGUAGUAAAACCUAAAGACGAUAAAGCAGUGGUUACUAGAGAAAUACAUUCAAAUGUUGACAAAUCAACAUCAGAUGACAGUAAACUAAAAGCGAAAGUAGAUGAAACUACUUCAACCUCACUGAGAACUAGUGUACCAGCAUAUGCUCCUGAAACGCUACGUAAGUCAAGUUCCACAGUGUCAUUGCCCAAAUUGGAUGCUUCAACAUCUACUAAUGAUCUGGAGGAAUAUAUAAAUUACAAAUCUUCCUUGACUAGAACAUCAAUAACUAAGUCCGAUAAAUGUACUUUGACUGUGGAUGAACGUAGGGUCGAUAGAGGAACAGAUCCUGAAAUUGUUGAUGAAGACCUUGAAAUAUUAAGGUUAAGUCCUGAAGGAGAAUUGUAUGUCCCUAAGAUACCUGAUAAACUCAAAGAAAGUGACGUUAAGAAGGUUAAAUACUCAGAACCAGAAAUGGAGGAAACUGGAAAGAGGCCUGAACUCUCUAGAUCGAUGCCUUUAAGAGAAAUGUCAACAAUAUGCAGUGAUUCUGAUCGUGGUAACAUUGAAUCUUAUCAGUCAUUUGAUAUGGUUUUGGGUGAUAAUGAACUAUCAGAGCUGAAUGAAUUAACUGAAUUACAAAUUAUUGAAAACUCCUGGACAAUAGUAAACCCGAUCUUUGACCCGAUUGGAGAUUCAGAAAGAGUUAGUUUGAUAAAGUUAUCGCCUAAAAAGAGGACUAGCCCUAGAUCAGAUAAGUUAUUGGACAAAGUUGAUGGACCAUACGAGAAGAUUUGUGUUGUGAAUGGGAAAUCAAAUAGAACUCAGCCUAGAGAAUUGGACAGUUCAGAUCUAAAGUCUGAAAGGACCAGAAAUAUUAAGUAUUUAGAUUCGACUGUUGAACCUGAAUUAACGCGGAACCAUAAGUUUGAGGAAAAGAGACAAAUUUACGAUGGUUCUGGUUACAGCUUGGAAUCUAUGGCUUCAGACCCACAACGUACAUUUGAAGAGAAGUCGGACUCUUUCAGAAUGGUAUCUAAAGAGGAUGAGCUGUACAAUAGUAACCAAGAAAAGCCACUGAAAGCAAGCAACGAAGUUAAAACACAAAAUGCUAAGUCAGAAAUGGUUGAACGGAAGAAGAGGAAGUCCAAAUCGCACAAGAAGAGUAGAAAGAUCCUACCAGAGGUUAAAUUAAGCGAGUACAAGGGAUUUUAUGUAGUACAUACCACCAAUGAUUGGUCGUUUUCUUAA